UUAAUAAUAUAGCUACAAAAAUUUUGAAUGCAUUCUUGUGUCGACAAGUAUAAAUUAAUUUUUGUUUGUUUGUAUUAUAAGAAGAAGUAGUUUACGAAUUAUGUCUCUUUAUGACGAUUUUGAUACACGGGAAAGAGCCGAAAAAGUAGCAGGCUGGUCUUCAGGCAUUAAAUUGUUACAAUCUCAGUUACAACUUAAAAAAGCAACAAUAGCUCAACCCAAAAAGGAUACUUUAAGGAAAUCUGGAAAGAUACUGGCACCAGUUAUUGAUUUAAAAUCAAAACGAGAUGACGAAGAUAUUUAUCCAGCUAGCGAAAGUGUUGCAAAACCUGUUCCUGAAAAACCUCCUGUAAUACCUUCUGCGUGUUCUCAAUUGAAUAUUGACUACAAUUUAGAUAUUGUUGAUGAAUAUAAUCCACUUUUUCCAAAUGAAUAUGAAAAAGUCAUAAAAGAAUUAAGAGAUUACAAAGAUAAAGAACGAGGGAGGGACGAGUUGAAAAAUGAUGAUAAUGAUAGAGAUAGUAGGAAAAAUUAUAAUAGGAAACGUAAAACCAGAUUUGAGGAAGGUAACAGCAAUGAGCCUGAAAAAAGUGGUUUUGCUCCCCAUAAUGAUGUAUCGGAUGAGGAAUCACCGCCAAGACAGCCAAGAAAUGAAUCAAAUAGAAACUCAGGAGCUCAGAUUGCACCUCCACCUAGUCUAUUAGAAAGUGUAGAAACGAAUACAACUCAAAUACAAGAAAAACCAUCAUAUGGAGUUCCAUAUGGCGCCAGCUCUGUCGCUGCAAAAAUUAUGGCCAAAUAUGGUUUUAAAGAAGGGCAAGGAUUAGGAAAAUCUCAGCAAGGAAUGUCCAUGGCCCUACAAGUUGAAAAAACGUCGAAACGCGGUGGUCGAAUAAUUCAUGAAAAAGAAUUAUCUGCUGUCAUGCCACCUCCUGCUUUAAGCGGAUUAGCUCAAAUACCUCAAGGAGAUGACAGUCCGACAAAUGCAACAGCAACCAAUCAACCACCAAAACAGGAACCAUCCAUAACAGAAAUUAUGAGGAGCCCAAGCAAAGUUGUUUUGCUUCGAAAUAUGGUUGGACCUGGAGAUGUUGAUGAUGAUUUAGAGCCAGAAGUUUUUGAUGAAUGCAAUGGUAAAUAUGGAGAUGUAGUAAAAGUACUGAUACAUGAAUUACCAGGCGCACCACCUGAAGAUGCUGUCCGAAUAUUUGUGGAAUUUAAAAGAAUUGAAAGUGCAAUCAAAGCUGUUGUCGACUUGAAUGGUAGAUUUUUUGGUGGCAGGCAAGUACGGGCUGGAUUUUACAGUUGUGAAAGUUUUGCAAAUUUAAAAUUGUUAGAAUAAUUGCAAAGAAAUAUAACAAACUUUAUAUCUUUACUUUUGUUUUAUUUAAAAUUGAAAUAAUAAAUACUAAACUUUAAUAA